AUGUCUGUAUUCGAGGACGAGAUUGCGGAAUCUAGGGAACGGAUCAGUGCUAUGUCACUGAUUGCGGGUACUAUGUUGGAAAUAAAGAAUUUGCCAUCAGACAGCUGGCACACACUUGCUGGGCAGAUUGUGGUCGCCGCCUCGGCUAAAAUGUUCAAGAAGGCUGACCAAGUACGAACGCUUUGCACUGUGGUGUCGCUGUAUUGGAAGGGUCAAACCGCGGACUCUGAUGGCACUAUGAGGAAUGGUGACAAAGUUGUAGAGGUGAUGAAGAAGGCUGCCAAGAUAGCAACGCAGUGCCUUGAACCUAUCGUUCAACAGCAGCUUUUUGUUCAAAUAAUCAAUACGCUGUUGUACUACUACGAGGACAAUUGUCUUGAGGUUACCGAGGAUAUGCUUGUGGAACUGAUAUCCCGCACCAAAGACAACGCCGUACAGCUCGAUGUUAGUGCGGAAGCGGACGCCCUCGAAAAGCACCUGGCUAUGACGUUGCAGCACAUUAAAAGAUCGAAAGACAAGCGCCCAGGACUAGCGGAGCGGCUACAAUUGUAG